AUGCGGCCGGCUAGCUCUGCCCGUCACACUCACUCACUCCAGCAGCAUCGGCGGCGGCGGCGGCAGCUCCAUGUCGGGAGAAGGUUGCGUCCAGCGGCAGCAACAGCCCUUGCAAAAAAGCAGGAGCCGGCGGAGACAGCGGCUGCUACCCCCCUCCGGCGGGGAGCUGGGCGUGCAGCAUCUCGCAGGACCGGCGCUCAUCUGCGCGCAGCCCUCCCCCUCCGCUCCGCCCGCCCCGCUCCCCGCCUGCCGUGCGCUCUCCGGGGUGAGUCCGGAGCGGAGCGGGCGCUGGGGCUGCCCGGCGGGAGCGCUGCCCGGCGGGAGCGCUGCCCGCAGCCGGCGCUCCGGGAGCCGCAGGGGGAGGCGGCAGCGCCCGCCGCCGCUCCGCAGUGCCCCGGAGGAGGGAGGCGCCGGGGCGCUGAGGAGAGCGCGGGGUGUGCCGGGGUGGCCUCUCCUCUGUGCCCGCUCCGCUGGGCAGCGGAGGGCGCGGGUGGCGGCCCGGGCGAGCGCCGAUGGCCCGCUCCAGCCCGAGGCGGCGCUGCGGCCGCCGGCCCGAGCCCAGAGCCCCCACAGGGCCUCCCGGGGCCGCGGAGCCGGGGAACGAGAGCAAGGGGUCGGGGUGUGAGGGACACGGCUGCGGUUCCCCGGGGCAGGAACGCUGAGCGGGAGCGGAGGGGGAGCCCUGGAGUAUCAAUUAGACUGUGUCAUGACUGCGCUCUUGCACAUACAUUUAUAUCUCUCAGUUGCUACAGUGGGAUUCUUCUCAAUAACUCACAAAAGUUCAGGAUCCAGCCUCGGCUGGUCAUACCCUACCUCUCUAGUGCACAGUAUAUUGAACCUGUGGCAUUAAAAAACACUAUUAAACAGAAUAUUUGCCUGGGCUGCAAUACAGAAAUGAGAUCAAGAUAAGGAAGAGGACCUUUGAAAACAUGAAGAGAGUAACAUUUUCUACUUCAAUGAAUAAGAUCGUGCUAGUGCAUUAGUUAUUUUAAAAUGAAAUUAUUAAAAAGGAUUCACUUUUCUGGAAUGGGUAUGUAUGAAAUAUUCAAAUCAGAAUGUGUAAAGAACUGUUAUCUACAGUUGUUUUACUGACAAACGGAGCCAAUUCAAGAAAAUCUUAGACGUGCUUAUAAUCAGCCCUAUUCAUGGCUUCACUUAGUCUAAAAUAUAAUUUGAAACAACCACAAAGUUAAGCACAUGUUUAAGUGUUGAUUGGAUAAAUAUGACUUCACAAAUCAUAAGAAAAAAAUAUAUGUAGAUGAAUCAAAAAAAAAAGAAAUUCGAAGUGCUAAUGUGCAAGUACCUGUGCUUAAAUCAUGUACAAUAAAAGGGAAAUUGAGGAAAAAUCAUCCACCCUCUCUCUCAAAUACAAUCCUGAUUCUGCCAUCUGUGCUUUUUUCAUACUUUAACCAAAACCAAGUGCAGAAUGAAAAUUUUGAGGCAACUUCAGAGAAAAUGAUGAAAGUAUGCAUUUCUAAAUUAAUAAAAUGUUAAAAAGCAGUACUGCCAUUGAAGUCUUUCUAGUAAUAUCUGUGAUUAAAAUGAUCAAAUAUCUGCUGAAUUUUAAAAAUCAGAGGCAUAUUCAAUUUUUUAUUAAGAUAUCAUCAAAACCAAGGACAAGAUUGUUAUGGUAGAGUCAUAUUGGGGUAGGAAGCCUUUGUUUUUGUUUGUAGGCUGAAGUUUAAAAUAUUUACUUUAUUAUUAUUAUUAUAGUAACAGAUUCUUAUAUUAGUUAUGGAUUAAAAAUUUGCCAGCUUGUCUGUUCAUGAACACAAAGUAUUUGUUUUAUUUUCCAUGUUAGAAUGGGACUCCAUGGUGAAACUCAAGAAAUACUGUGAACUUUUGUUCUGUGUGUAUUUUCCUGGGAACUAUAUGCAAGCAUUGGAGCAAAGAGUGAAAAAAAGCAAUUUCACAGGUGCAAAAGAGCUUGCAGUCAGAGGAGAGAGAAAAAAAAAAAAAAAAGGGAAAAAAAAAAUUCACAAUGAGCAGAAGCUUCACAGACACGGCAUUUGUAUCUGGGUGCCAAAACCUAGUUUUCUCAGUCCAUAUUUAGGCACUUGCACAUAGGUGGCCUACUUGUCAGUAAUACUAAACAUUCACAAAUGAAAAAGAGAUGGCUAGGUACUUUUAAAAACCAAGCAGCCCUUACAAAAUUGCUUGAGUAUCUGAAGAGACAAACUUCAGCAUGUAGUCUUAAAAUUUCCAGCCUGUAGUUUGAAAGAUCACACACCCCAUAUUUUAUCCACUACAAUGUGUUCUUUUGAUCUUAAUUGCAGGUUUAAUACAUCUAGGCCUGUGAACUAUAUGUGAGGUCCCAGGUAGUGAGGAAUCACUCUUAGCUAAGGUAAGUUACAGCACACUGCAGCUGCUCUUCCUGACCAUAGCAUCAACAGAACAGCCAGACUGUGCAUCAGAGGUGGUUGUCAGUGUAAAACUGUGUUUGCAAGGUGUGUACAGGAAACUAUUUCAUGUGGCUUGCAUUAAGAAUGUUGUUUUUUCCAGGCAGAAGACUGCAAAUGUGUCUGUAGUCUAAAGUACAGUAAGAUAGUUAUUCGCUCAGCAUACCGUGUAACAUGAUAAAGGAGUCUUGCCUGCUCAAGACACUUCUGUUUAUUCAAAUGGCCACUGGUGAGUGUCACUAAGGAUUUUGAUUUUUGUUCAGGUUCUGUAGUGCUUCUUGAGAAAAAAAAUGAGUCCCUAAUGUGUCUUAACAAUAAAUACUGGAGAGUAACUAUCUUGGGAAUAUGGUAUGUGGAAAGACCAGUGGGGACUGCAAAGCUGAAAGGGAUAAAAACAUGCCAUAAAGUUCACAUAAAUUUGUUAGAGAAGUGUGUGCAAUUUUUAGAAAUGUACUGCAGUUAAUGAGAGGUAUCCUGUAAAUACAAUGCAUUUAGAAAACUAUUUGCUUACUACAAUGUACAAGCCUAAUGCUUUCAGUAAGGAGGAAAUGGAAAACCAGCCUUCCAAUCCCCAUCAGCAAGUGGCCUGUCUCAUGCCUGAAUAACCUGCAUGCAAAGGCUCUUGUGCCAUAUUUUCUGCUAACAGAAAUCUGUUUGCCCAGAUCAUUAAGAAACAUUGACAAGAGAGCUUCACACCUGUUCUCACUUCUUUGGCUACCAGCUCUAAUCUGGGUGAAAUUUAUAACCUGUUUUGUCUCCAUGCUCAUUAUCUCAGACCCGUUUUACCCUUCCCCCUUUGCAGCAUGCUGCACCUUGAAGUUGAAAGCAAAGAGAGGGGCUGCAGAGCACUCCCCAGGGCAGGCUGUGUCAGUCUAGAUCAUGCACCUUGAUCACACAAAUGGACAUGCACACCUUCUGGAGUCAAAAGGGAGUCAAAGAGCCAACACACAGCAUAAGAACCACCAGUCUGUGCAGAUCAGCUUACAGGGUAGAGACAUUUUAGAGCACAAUAUAAGAUCACUUUCUUUGUGCUCCUGAGUAGAAACAGUCUUUAGAAUUCACUGACAUUUAAUCAUGUGCCUCAUAUCACUUCUUUUCAGAGCAGCUAUUUUGGUGCUAUGUGGGGGUUGUCACAGAAAUGGUUGCCUAAUUCUGAUCUAAAUUUUGUAAUGUGCACCCAUAUCUUCUACAGAUAAGCAUUUUACAUCCAAAUGCAAUAAUAAUAAAGGAAUUAAAAGUGAUUCCAUUUAAUGAAAGAGCAGUAACAUACUUAGCAGGUAUUCCUAGCUCUUGUAAAAAAGAAACAUAGCAGAAUUUCCACAAAGCCAGUGGGAAAAUGGUUCCCACUGCCCAGCCCAUCACUUUAGUUUCUGUAGCUGCAGGUGAAUGGAAUUUUAGUCAAAUCCAAGAAAUCAGGACUCGUUCCAUGUAAACUUCAGGCAUUCGUUUACUCGUUCCAUGUAAACUUCAAAUCACUGCUGCCCUCCUAAAAUGUCUGGGGUUCAGAACUAUGUUGGAGCUUAUCAGCCAGAAUAAUAUCAGUGAAGCUUGCUGUCAAGAAGUCAAGAAGCUUGCUGGCUUCAUGGAGCAAGGAACACAGAGCUAUAUGAGAUUUUUCCUUUUACUUGCAGUGGAGCAGCAAGGAAGAGGUGAGGAAAGGGGCUGCUCACUUUAUGUUCCAUGAAAUACUUUUGUGACUGUAGAUUUAAAUCAGUCCAGUGAGUACCUUAUGAGUGGUUUUAAGAUGAUAUAAAUGUCCUGUUAAAGGCUUCUUGUAUUUCUCUGCUGAGAUUAGUACAAUUAUUUGUUUACAAUAUGCCAAAGCCCUUUUUUCCCCUGGAUGAUUCUUUCGAAGUUUGGUUAUUGCAUGUCUGCAUUAUGCUACUCAGAAAGAAAGGUUUUACCUGAAUGAAAACUGAAACCUAAAAUCUCAACUUUUAAAAGAGGAGACAAAAGAAGACAUAAAGAGAAACUAAAUUUUCUACAGAUUUCUUACAAGCCCAGUGCUUUGAAGGGUAGUCCAUGAUUGCAGCUAACUUUACAGAUUUCUGGUUGGCUGCAAAUUCUGCUUUGUCUGCUCUAGUCCUCUAGAAAUUCCUCCCUUCACCUCCAAAGCCUGCUGGCCUGCUCUGUCAGCUUUGUUUUUGUCUUCUAAACAAAACCAUGCAUGAUGUCCAGACCCCCUUCUAUAACUUACCUUCUCAGUGCAUCCUACAGUCUCCUGAAUCAUCUUACUUUGAGCAGACUCAGUGGCCCUUGGGGAAGGAACAACCUCCCCUUCCUCCAAGAGGUCCCUCUUAAAAAGAGCACAACAUACACUUAGGGGAAUUAAAUCAGUUACCCAUGGAAUUCCAGGCCAAGUCUGCCCCAGUCGUUGAUAAUCCAGUGUUAUCAGACUGCCCCAAGAAACACAUCUAAGAGAGAGAUGCACAACGUCUGGUUUAACAAUUCCUCAAGACUCUUUUGGCUGAGCACAUUUUGAAAACAUGUCAGGAUAUUGGAGGUUUUGAAAUGCAUAAAAUUAAAAACACAUAUUUAGUUGUAUCAGAUCAUCCACUUGAAUAAUUGUUCUGGUUAUCCAUCAGGCCAACUCCAUAAUGCUGGCCGUCCUCCAGGACCCACUGCUCCUACGUAUCUGCCAGAUGAAUGGUCAAAUUGUCAAAAAGCCAUUGAAGUAGGAAGAUGAAUAGAAUCACACUCUAGGGGUCAUGACUACACCCAUCAACUUCCUGCUUAAGAUGUUUGCAUUUGAGAGGAACAAACUCUGCUUACCUGAAAGUCACCUUACAACUUCCAAGUAGUCCUCCCAGGUCCCUAUGAAGUCAGGGGAGACUGACUGCAAGCAUUUUCUAAAGGCAAUUCUGCCCAUCUAAGGUCUGACUGUUUGGUUGUUUGGCUUAUGUUUUGGGUUUUAGAGGGAGGAGAGUUUAAGGUGGGGUUUCAUCUCUGUACCACUUGUGCACCACUUGUGCUCCUGAGUUGGAUAUCUCAGGUAGUGUUCAGAUAAGCUUGCACCAUUCACCAGGAUCAACAGAAAGGAACAGAGAUCUGUGUCAGCUGUGUUAAAAGAAGUAGUUAUACUAAAUCACAAAAUAUGCUGGGUUGGAAGGGACCCACAAGAAUCAUCAAGUCCUACUCCUGGCCCUGGGCAGGACCAUCUCCAAGAGUCACAUGUGCCCAAGAGUAUUGUCCAAAUGCUUCUUCAACUCUGUCAGGCUUCAUGUUGUAACCACUUCCCUGGGGAGCCUUUCCCAGUCACCCUCUGGGUGAAGAACCUUUUCCUGAUAGCCAACCUAAACCUCCCCUGGCACAACUUCAGGCUGUCCCCUUGGGUAAACUGUCACUGGUCACCACAGAGAAGAGAUCAGUGCCUGCCCCUUCUCUUCCCCUCACGAGGAAGUUGUAACUGCAAUGAGGUAACUCCUCAGUCUCCUCUCCAGGCUGGACAGACCAAGUGACCUUAGCUGCUCCUCAAAAGGCUUCCCCUCAAGGCCCUUCACCAUCUUUGUUGCCCUCCUUUGGACACUCUCUAAUAGCUUUAUAGCUUUCCUUUAUUGUGGCACUCAGUCCCAUCCCUGUGUCCAAAGAAGGAUGAACUCUGAAGCACAAGGCUAAAUAUCCACCACUAAUUGUGUAUUGCAUUUCAGUGCAAUUUGGUAUAACCUUGGUUCUCUUGUAAUUAAGAGUCAUGUCACAAGGGAUGGCCCAUUAAAUGACUUUUUAAUGUCAAAAAUAACACUUUGAAUUUAAUCUAGGGACAGGGUUUUUGCGUAAGGAAGCACAGUGCAAAGUUGAAGUCAAACUCUUCCCAAAACCAGCUACCAAAACAACUGGGCAGCCAUGCUUCUCAGUGGAGGCUUCUUGGUCUUAGCUUUGAGGGAUUCAUAUUGGUCCAAGACAAGGAAGAGACAGCAAUGCCAGAGCUAACUGUAAUAAUACAUUCAUACCAUGUUAAUUCCAUACAUCCAGGUUCAUCUGCACUUCCCACUAGAGAUGUUAUCUGCAAAACCCUGCUGUCCUCUGCUACUGAUUAAUCCUCUGCAAUUUUUGGUUGACUGCUUGAUAAUGAAAUUCAUAAAGCAGAGGAACAGAUACAAAUUCUGUUAUUCUGAAGCCUAACAUGAUCUUUACCUUUUGCAAUAAAUACGGUACAGAAAUUCUCACUUAAAUCUCAUUUUUGUCCCACUUUGAAUGGAAAAACUCAAAGCCCUUUGUACUGCUUAGGUGAGAAAUCAUCAGGAGUUGUGGUGCUCACUUGUGCCAUGACAGCUUGAAACAGUCAUGACCUCGUAGAUGAAAAGGAGUAAUGGCCAAGCUGAGCACCAGAGUCCUGCACAAAAGCAUCACUGGGACAGAGGAAUGAUUGAUCAUAUUUUUGGUUUGGAUCCACUCCCACAAAGUGGAAAACGGAAUGAUUGGUAAUUGCUAAGAAGGAAUGAAGGCAGAAUUAAGCUCUGAAGAUCACCCACAAUAUAGGUAAAUAUAAACAAUAAAGGCAAUACACAGCAAAGGCACAAACCCAUGAUUUAUCUGUUUAUGCAGCUUUAUAAGAAUUUUAGAGAACCAUGUGGACAAAGAACUAUAUCAUUUUUAGAGAAUUAAAAAAUUAUACUGUAAUGCUGUAUAGCAUGGUUGCCUAGUUACAAAGCAUAGUCCUUAGAAGUACAGGGAAAAUAAUAUUCAUACAAGUGUAAAGCCCUCCAAAAUACAAAAAAUAUUUUGUCUCUCCAUCAGAGCAAUGCAGGCAUAUAGCCAUUGUAUCUUACAAGUUGCCAGAACUAAACACAAAUAUUUCACAGAAUUUUGCACCCUAUUUGAGAUACAAUAUUUGUUUCUAGUUCUGAGUUACUAAUAUGAAAUCAUAGGUGAUCACUAUGCAGAGUUUGGAAUCUGUCAGUCAGAAAUUUUACGUCAGCUUGAGGAAGCAAUAUGAAACAGACUUUUCAAGUUAGUUAUAUUAAUCAUGACAGCUUUGAGGUGCUAAGGAUGUUGGUAUAAGACUUAAAUGUAAAGGGUGAUAGUAGGCCAUAAGUUUUUUAAAAGGAAAAGAAAUUAUGCUAUUAUUCUAUAAUUGAUUUUGGGACUUCACUCAUUUAUUCUGCAGCUUUUAUGAGUUUUUAUGCAUUAAUUGCAUAUCUGGUGUUUAAAAGGUUCAUCAGAAAGGGCAUGGCUGCUAUGGCCCUAUGCAGACAUUCUUAUCAUCUACCUGAAAACCUUCCAAUUUACAAUUUAACUUCAAAACACACUGGACUAAGAACACCAGACUAACACACUGCAAUAAGAACAGUAAAAGCUUUCAGAAAAAUGAGAUUUCACUGCUUUUAUCACCCUGAUUACAUUGAAUUGUUCUGCAGCUUGCAAGAAUAAAUAUAAGACUUUGGAGGUGAAGGAUCCAAGUCAGUUUGCCUCUUGAAAUACCCCAGCUGAAUUUCAAACAUCAUGGGUAAUCUUCUGGAGCUUAUUUGUUCCAGAAGCAGUGGACUGAUAACUGCAUCCCAAUUCAAGGCUAGAAAUAGCCUUUAUUAAAGUUUUAUGCUGAUACAACAGAGACAGAAGCCCCCUAUAUUCUAUAUUAAUUGAUUAAAAGAGUUUCUCCAUUCACUUCUUGGUCAUAAUUUAUAUUUUGUUGCUGGCAUAAUUUACAUGAAAGAUGUUUUGUUUUGACAUUGUAAUAAGAUCUCUGUAGACUCUGACUGUUAUUUUCCAUGGCUGAUAUUUUUCACACCAUCCUACUGUGAAUAAAAUACAAAUUUACUGAACAAUGCACAUUUUCAGGAGUUGGCUUUGAUAGGCAAUUGCCUCAGUAAAAACACAAAAAUUUCCAAAAUCCCAUUAAAACCUGCUUUAUGUAUAGUUUCAUUAUUUUUCUUCAAAUUAUAGGAUAGUUUGUAAGAAAAGUAGUUGGAGUCACUGGGAUUAUUUUUAUUUUUUCUCUCUAUAAUUGUAAGAAAAUGAUUAGACAGAUGUCUCAUUGCAUAUUUGUUUUAGACCAAUGCAAUUUAAAAAACACUAAAAAUAUAAUAUCCUUUAAAAUUAAGCUUAAUAUUGUAACAUUGUGAGAAUUUUUGUUGUAUUGCAGUGUAUCAAAAAGCUUUCUAUAAAUUAAUUAAAGCAAUAUAAAAAGUGAAA